AUUAUUAAAAUGUCAAAGUUGUUCAUUGUAUUCAGCAUGUUUUUUCGUUAGAAGCGCGAGUUUUUGAAAAAAAAUUUCAAAUAUUCCUUUUCAAUUGCCAUUCAUAUAAUACGUUCCAGAAUUUAAAAAAAUUUUCGACUCACAUCAGCUGAUUGAUGGGAAAAAAAUGCCGCCUUUUAGAAUCCAUUGUGAUAAUAAUGAUAAUGGAAAAACAAUAAAACACCAUGUCGACGAUUGUUGAAGCAUUAAAGCAAACGAAAAAAGGUCAAUUAAAAUAUGAUUGUAAUUGGAAAGAAGAAGGACGUACCGAGGAAAUUGUCAAUUCGGUUAAACAAAAUUUGGCCACCUUGAAUUUAUCACCAUCGAUGAAAAUUCAUUCACCAUUAUCGAAAGUGUCUCAUUCAUUGAUGAUGCCAACCGUUAAAUCUAAUCUGAAUGGCAUUAAUAAUCAUGAAAAAGUUAUCGAUGAUACGCUGGAUAAUUUAAUCACUGAUAAUGAUAAUGAUGAUUUGGAUGAAAAAUCCAAUGAUCCAAAUUUUUCAAUAACCGAUAUUGAACUGAAAAAUUAUGAAAAACAAAAGAAAAUUGAAGUAAUACAACGAUUAGAGGAACGACAACGUGAAUGGAAUGAAAAAAAUGAAUCAAUAAUGAAAAAAUAUGAAGAUCAAAUGCGAAUGAUACAGAAAAAAUAUCUACUUGAAUCAAUGAGAUUUCAGAAAAAAUAUGAUGAUGAAAUUCAACAACUUGAAAUUGAAUUGGAAAGUUCAACAAAACCACAAUCAUUAUCCGGUGAUGAUACAAUGGGAACUAGAAAACGGAAUCUAAAAUUGAGAGAAAUUGAAGAGAAACAUAAAUUAUUAUUGAAAGAAAAAGAACGUAAACAACAACAACAAAAUGAAUUAAAAUUAUGGCUAACUACUUCUAAGGAAAAAAUUGAUCAAUCUGUCCGGAUAUUCGACGAACGUCUAAAAGAAUUUCCCGAUGAUGAUGAUUUAAAUCACCAACGAAAUGUGGCUAAAUUAUUAGAACAAGAUAUAGAGGUUUUACUUUUAUCCAAAAACGAAUACACCGAUGAGGAUAGAAAAUUUUGUGAAGAUAAACUUGGCGAGUUUCUUAAAAUUAAUGAAAAAUUUUCCAUUCAAUUUGCUGAAUUAAAACGUCGGCAAGAUGAAAUUGCUCAGAAAAAUUCAACAUCAUCAUCAUCGAAUUUAACUUCCGAAAAGCCAAUUUCAAUUCAAUCAAGUAACAACAUUAAUGACUCAAUGAUGCAAACAGUGAUGAAUGAACAAGAAAAUGUUGUAAAAAAUAAAUUCAAAACAUCUCGAGAUCUAUACAUUGAUUAUCAAUCAAAAUUGAUCAAGUUUGAAAAUUUAUGUCAACAAUUUCAGGAUAAUGAAUCAAAAAAACCAUUACGUACUGCAUUACAGCUCUAUGUUCGUAGUAUAAUAAAUAGCAUUUGUAAUAUCUCUAUCGAACAUUUACGUGAAAAAGUAUCCAGAUUACUCAAUCUUUUUGGACAAAAAUGGUUCGAACAUAAAGGGAAAAAAAUUUCAAUUAGCGAUGCUGAUUAUUCAUAUCAUUUUGCAAUCACCACAACUGUAAAAAUUAUAUUGCUUGUGGCUAGUAAACAGCAAAAUAUUUCUUUAAAAUUGGCUCCAGUUAUUGUGAUAUUAUGGGCAAAUGUAUCAAUGUUUGGCGAUAUAUUUCUUGCUCAUCUUUAUCUUUCUUGUCCAUAUGUGAUACCAUAUUUUCCAACAAGAACAAAUAACCAAAAUGAUACUGAAUACACCAUUGUUCUUGGCUAUCAAUUCGAUAAAAAUGGCCAACUAGAAUCAGAAGAAUCAUUUCAAUCAAGAAUGUUUUCACUGAUGGAAUUAUAUUCAUCAAUCAUACAAUGUAAUAUGCCAAUGGAAGAACAUCCACGAAACAUUCAUUUUGGUUGGCGAUGGUUGGCAAUGAUUUUAAAUGAUCAACCAGCCGAUCAGAUUACUGCAUUACUUUUGGAUGCUUUUCUUUCAAUGUCAGCACAUAAAAUGCUAUCAACAUAUGGUAGACAAUUUCUUAAAUUAUUUUAUUAUAUACAAUCAGAUUUUAUUCAACGAAUUGAAACAAUUACAAAGAAAGAAGAAAGACAAACAUUGAUGAAAUUAAAAUCAUUAUUACAGGAUAUGAAUAGAAAAUUAUCUCGAAUGCAACAACAACAACAACAACAAUCGAUUGGAUUCGAUACUAUAGCAAAAAAUUUAGCACCAAAUGGUUUAGUUCCGAAUUAUUUUUUUACAAAAUCUUAUAUUUUUAUGUCUAAACGAUAAAUGAAUCUGAAAAUUGUCAAUAAAAAAAAAAUUAUUUUAAUCUAAA